UUUACGCAUUCCUUGGCUAAUAUUCACUGCUUUCCUGCUUCUUAUUCCUUCAUAGAAGUUCAGGUAUUGAUGACCCCUCUUCAACCAACCCAGAAGACAAAGAGAAUUUCAAAACUAAAGAGAAAAGAAAAAAUACAAUGCAAGCUAUAAAGAAUGGAGCUUACAAAACUUCCCCUCACUCAGUUGAAACUGAUAUUCUUAGUAUUAUUGUAAAUAUCACCGGUUGCAUUCCUCCAUAUAAAGAACCAAGCUGUGCCAAGAAUUGCCUGGCCUCUAAAUACAGGCAAAUAAAUGGAGCCUGCAACAACAGAAAUCACCCUUCCUGGGGGGCAUCAAAUACUAUACUUUCUCGGUGGCUUCCAUCACAAUACGAAGAUGGGAUAAAUGAGCCCAUGGGCUGGAAUCCAGAUUUUCUCCAUAACAGCUUUCUUCUCCCGCCAGUUAGAGAAGUUACAAGGAAAACAAUCCAUGCAUCAAACAAAGACUUUCAGGAUGAUGGUUUAUAUUCCCAUAUAAUCAUUGAAUGGGGCCAGUAUAUAUCCCAUGACAUGGCUUUUACACCACAAAGUAUCACAAAAUGGCCAACAAUGUGGGGAGUCGACUGCCGCUCUACAUGUGACAAUCAAAAGUCCUGUUUUCCCAUUAAGCUACCAGAGCAGUGGGAGUCAGUUUCUCAAAGUGGCUGUAUUCCAUUUUAUCGCUCUACAGCAGCAUGUGGAACUGGAGAUCAAAAUGUUGUACUCGGAAUUCCUUCUAUUGAAAAUCCAAGAGAACAAAUAAACACUUUAACUUCAUUUAUUGAUGCAUCUACAGUCUAUGGAAGCACAGUAGCUGCAGAAAAGACAGUGAGGAACUAUUCCAGUGAGGAAGGAUUGCUAAGAGUAAAUACGCAAUAUUCUGAUCAUGGAAGAGACUAUAUGCCAUUUGUAGAUGACGUUCCAUCACUCUGCCUUCAAGAUCCUCAUUCUGCUUCUAAAGAAAGAAUUGAAUGUUUUUUUGCUGGUGAAAGCAGGUCUAAUGAAGUUAUAUCUUUGGCAGCAAUCCAUACACUGUGGAUGAGGGAACACAAUCGCUUGGCCAAAGCCUUAAAGAACCUCAAUUCUCACUGGAGCUCUGAAACAACAUACCAGGAGGCUCGGAAGAUCGUUGGUGCAUUACAUCAGAUAAUCACCAUUCGAGAUUAUAUUCCUAAAAUCGUUGGUUCAUCAGCUUUUCAUCAGUAUUUGGGCAACUAUCAAGGAUAUGAUGAAAACACAGAUCCCUCCAUUUCAAAUGUAUUUUCAACAGCAGCCUUUCGCUUUGGCCAUGCAACCAUACCCCCCAUUGUACACAGGCUGGAUUCUCAGUAUAGCGAACACCCGCUUUAUCCAAAUCUUCUACUGAGUGAAGUCUUCUUUCGGCCCUGGAGGAUUAUAAAUGAAGGUGGUCUAGAUCCCUUGAUAAGGGGUCUGUUAGGAAAACCGGCAAAGUUGCAGACACAGAAGCAGCUAAUGAAUGAAGAGUUAACAGAAAAGCUGCUUGUCCUAUCCAUUAAUGGUUCAAUGGAUUUGGCAUCCCUUGAUUUGCAGCGGGGUCGUGACCAUGGCUUACCAGGAUACAAUGACUGGAGAGAAUAUUGCAGACUUCCAAGACUGAACACUUCAGCAGACAUGAAAAUGGUUAUAUCUGAUGCUAAUAUAAUCAGUAGAAUUAUGGAGCAAUAUAGGCAUCCUAAUAACAUAGAUGUUUGGCUGGGGGGCUUGAUAGAAGAUCUUCUUCCUGACUCUAGAACUGGACCUUUAUUUGCAUGUUUAAUUUCCAAGCAAAUAAAAGCACUGCGAGAUGGAGACAGGUUUUGGUAUGAAAACCCCAUGAUGUUUACUGAGACUCAGAGAAAGGAACUUGAGAAGCAUUCCCUUUCCCGUGUGGUUUGUGAUAACACAGGCCUGAGCCAUGUACCACCUGAUGCCUUUCUUACAGGAAAAUAUCCGGAUUACUUUUUAUCAUGUGACAGUGUACCCAGCCUAGAUCUCAAAGCUUGGAAGGAGGACAUUGAAAAAAGUACAUCCUGUGGCCUUCCAAUGAAGAUAGAAAAUGGUGACUUUGUGUUUUGUUCGGAGGCUGUGUUAAUUUAUUUUUGUUACUCUGGCUAUCACUUAGAAGGACAUGAAGAAUUAGCAUGCCAAGGAAAUCAAUGGAGUACCAAACCCCCAUUUUGUUCAGAUAUCGAUGAAUGUUUGGAUGAAGUGAAUCCCCCAUGCCAUUCUUCUGCUACAUGCAAGAACACCCCGGGUAGCUAUGAAUGUUUCUGCACAGAUCCAUACCAACUCGCUGAAGAUAAAAGGAUUUGUAUAGAUUCUGGACGCCUACCUCGUGCUGCCAUAGUAUCAAUCAUUGUAGGUGCCAUCCUGCUGGCUUCUUGGGCGGCAAUGUGCUGGAUUUUACUUUGUAGAGGAAAACAUUUCUUCAAACCAUCUGCAAAGACCAUCAGCAGUGAGGAAUCGAUCUUACAAAUGGGUGGUUCCAAAAGUCACACAAUAUCAUUGUCCUUUCCAUCAAUUCCCUUAGAACAAAUCCAUAAGGAAACAAACAAUGGUCACCAUAUUUUACUUCACGUGUGAUAUUGUAUAUUGUAGUUUAUGUAUACAGAAGAAUGCUUUGAGUAAAACCACGUUCUCCACGGCAAGAUCCAGAAAUGUUUAUGAUGACACACAGGAGCUGUUAACUUGAACUGGUCUUCCUUCGCUUUAAUGUCCCCGUUAUAAGAUGCUCACACUCACCUUUACUUUUAUUUUUCCUUUCUGGUCCAUUCAGCUGCUUGGAGCUGUCUAAGCUCCACAUAUGUCAGAACUUGCUCUGGGCUGAGCUUUCGUUGCCCACCAUCAUGUGACACCUGCUGGACAAUUAAUAGGUACUAGGGCUGUCAUGUGAGAGAAAAGGGUGCUCGCUAUAUGUGGAAGUACAAAGCAUCUUCUUCGCUCCUGGCAGCUGAAAUAUUGAUGUGGUAGCCAUCUAAAUGUUAGUGGCUGCUGCUCGGGAGGGGAACAUCAAAAAUAACCUGCUGUUCUGCCUUGUAUUGGCAAAUUACCUCAAUUUUGAAAUAAAUGUAUUCUGUAUGGUAACUGUAAUGAUACUUGUACCUGUAACAAAAGCAUUUCCAUAGCCAUCCUUCUUCAUUUUCACAUGCUAUUAUUUUUCUUCUUAUUUCCAUAUAGAACAAGCUAUCCAGAAAAAGUGACAGUUACACGGGUUGGGACAAACUAUAACUCUUUCAGGAGUGCUUAUAAUAUUUACCUUUUACUCACCGGGUCUAAAUUGUUUGGAGAUGGGCAUUGUUUUCCUGCAUUCGAUGUGUGUUUGAAAGCACAUCAAGUGUAGAUUGUUUUUACUUCAAUGGUGUAGUCUGGAUGACAGUUUGUACAAUCCCCGCCACUUCUUCUGAGCAGCCAGGUUAGCAUAAAAAUUUUGAGAAAAAUAUAAUAAAAAUGUACCUAAAACAACAAAGGGAAUUUAUGAAUGAAAUGCUAUCAUUAUAUUUUCAGUGACUUGAAAAAGUAUUCAUACCCAUUGAAAUGUUCCAUAUUCCGUUGUAGCUCUGG